AUGGUGCUGGCCACCCUCAUCGCCUCCAUCACCUACGCCUCCGGCCUCAGCCCGCCGGGCGGCUUCGAGAGAGUCAAGACGCCGCUGCUCGCCGACCCCAAGAGGCCGCCGGCCGCCUCCGGGACGCAGAUGCUCCCCUCCCUGUACCUCGCGAGCCCGGCGAGGUGCAGGGUCUUCUACUACGCCAACACGGCCGCCUUGGCGCUCUCGCUCUCCCUCAUCCUGCUGCUGGGCAGCCAGGACCUGCGCCGCCUGGCCAGGGUCAAGGCCCUCGACCUCGAGAUCCUCGUCGCGCUCCACGUCGUGGCCCUCCUGGUGGCCUACCUCGCCGGCGCCGGCUCGUUCGGCGACCUGCAGCUCCUCGUCUGCGCCGGGGUCGUCCUCGUCGUGCCGCUGGCCCUGGUCGCCAUGUCGUCACGCCUCUGCGGGAACUACUUCUGGGAUGAACUCUGA